AUGACUUGGCCAACAACCACGAUCUUUGAUGCGGUGUUUAUCCCACUGUACGCCAUCGUUGGAGUGCUGAAUCUGGUCAAUGUGGUGCGCCAUGGACGCGGGCGCACUGUGGGUUUUAUCUCGCUCCUCAUCUUUUCUCUCGUCCACCUGGCAGGCAACAUCCUUCUAGUUGCCGAGUACAAGGCCAACUAUGCGUCGAUCGACGUUACAGUCUGGGGUUACAUUCUUCAAUCCGUCGGACUGUCAUUCCUGGUUUCGGCGUCGAUUGCGUUCUACACCCGAGCGCGCGGACUGCUGCACGAAGACGACAAGGCGGAUCGCAUUACCAAGCUGCUGAAUCUCGUCAACCUCGCGGCUCUCAUCUGCAUCAUCACUGGAUACACCAGCACGGACUUCACCAAUGCUCAGGGCGAGGUGAUUAAUCCCAAGCUACCGGUACAGUGCAAGAUCGGCGCGCUGCUCUACGUGGGCCUCAUCGUCGUCAUGGCGCUGAUGGCGGCUGUGCGCCUUGCAAGCGCGAGCAUCGGUGAGGCCAAACUCAUCAAGCUAUCCUUGCUCGUCGCCAUGACAUUCAUGCUGGUAAGAGCGGCCUACUCGGUGUACGCCACUUUCAAGGGGUCGAUUCUCGUGCCCAACAACGUGUGGGUGAAACUGGUGCUGCAGUACAUGGCCGAAUUUCUUGCGCUCGCCACGUAUACCGCCCUUGGAUUUCUGCUGGAUCGCACUGCAAAGACAGCCCACUUUCACAUCGAGGACGGGGCGGGCAUCAGCCCGGGCACAGACUACAGCUCGACUGACGGUCUCCACAAAGUGCCCAUCACCUACGGCCAGCCUCGCAUCCCGCCAUCGCGCGCGUGA